CCAACCAUCCUUUAUAAGCCCUUCUGUCCCCUUGGCUCGGGGCUGUCGCCAUUUUCUUAGGCUUCGGCCUGCCUGUGCACAGCCGGACAAUAAAACUCUUUUUGAUCGAGUUUUCAUCUCUUCUCUAUUGAAAAACCUAACGGCUGAUACCACGAUGCAUACCCAGGUGAUCAUUGCAGGUCUCUUAGUGCUUCUCACAGGUGCUGUUGUUUCUUACCCACAAGUGAGAGGAGUGGUGGGUCAGUCUGUGACACUGCCCUGCACCUACCCGGUGAUUAAUGGAGAUAUUCAUACCAUGUGUUGGGGCCGAGCGGGAUGUUCUCAGAGCGGAUGCAUGCAUGAAAUCAUCCGGACGAACGGAGUCCACGCCAUCUUUCAGAGGCACGAGCGUUAUCAGCUAAAGGGAAAAAUUCCGGAAGGGAAUGUGUCUUUGACCAUACAGGAUGCAAACCAGAUCGACACUGGUCUGUAUUGUUGCCGUGUUGAAUACAGGGGUUGGUUUAAUGAUAGGAAACUCACACUGUCAUUGGAGAUUAGACCAGCCUCCGUUACCAAUGUUCCAACAUCACCUAAGGUCUCUACCUCUGCUCCUCCAACGCCAGCACUGACGCAGAGCCACAAACCAGCCUCCGUUACCAAUGUUCCAACAUCACCUAAGGUCUCUACCUCUGCUCUUCCAACGCCAGCACUGACGCAGAGCCACAAACCAGCCUCCGUUACCAAUGUUCCAACAUCACCUAAGGUCUCUACCUCUGCUCCUCCAACGCCAGCACUGACGCAGAGCUACAAACCAGUGGCUACUUCACCUUUCCCAAAGCAGUCAGCAACAACCCAUUUUCAGAUAACCCAGGAAACAAGGAUGCAACCCACCAGCUCACCAGGCCACCAGGACACAUCAGCUACUUCACCUUUCCCAAAGCAGCCAGCAACAACCCAUUUUCAGAUAACCCAGGAAACGAGAAGGACGCAACCCACCAGCUCACCAGGCCGCUGUGACACAUCAGAUGGGAAUGGCACUGUGACACAGUCUACAGAUGGCCUUUGGCAUGGAAAUCAAACUGGGGUGUCCCUGGUACAAGAGCCAGGGAUGACCACCGCUAACGGAGUCUACAUCGGCAUUGGUAUUUUUGCUCUGGUGCUUCUCAGUGUUCUAGCUGUCAUGAUUAUUAAAAGGCAUUUAUACAUAAGAAAUAAGCUACAGCAAUUAAGAGUGGUUUCAUUCAAUGGCUCUCACAUUGGAGCUUUACAAAGAGCAGCUGAAAACCGUGUCAAAGCAGAAGACAAUAUUUACAUUGUUGAGGACAAUCUCUAUGUCAUGGACUAAGAUCCAGCAGCCCUCUAGGGUUUUAUUGUGACUGCAGAAGACAGUGACCAUUUAUCACCAUGACAGACUCCUUUUUAGGCUCCAGGGACAUUUCUCUGUGUCAGUUUCACCUGGCAUCUCAACAUGUUGCAGAGACAUCCAGUAGAAUGACUCUAGCUCAAACAUGUGUGCAGUCAACCUCAUUGGUGAUAUACUCCUAACUAUCCUAAAACUGGCUUAAUCUUUCCAGUCAUCAUAGAGCUCUCUCCAAAAUAUGAAAGCUUUAGAAUUGCAUAUUCUCUUCAGACUCGAUGAAUGCUGUAUCUAUCAAAAAGAAUAGUUGUGGAGGAGAUAGGAAAUGAACUCCUAUCUUUGUCACCAAACUGUCAAGAAGAGAGGAAGAGGACUUACAAUCUGUAAAUCCAGUUUGGGACUUCAAAGGGCUUCACGUGGGAGCAUGCAUGCUUAUCUCUUUGUUUUUAAGAUUGUAAUUCUAGAUGUUACAUUUCUAAGGUCCUCUGAGGCUUUCAAAUCAUGGAGGUGCACAGGUUUUUAUUUCCCCUGUGGGGACGUAAGAAGUCUAAUCUCACCAUUUUGGUACAUCUGGUUCCUUAUCUUGGGCUCUGGAAAUAUGAUGCAUUAAGGGCUUUCCCUGAGACCAGGAUGGGUAUUUCAACAAUUUGAAGAAGCUAGAAGACUGCAUUUGCUGUGUGUGGUUUCUGGUGCCAUCUCCAGUUUGAUAGGGUAGUGAGUAUGAGCCAAGGACACAUCAGGAAAAGAUUACCAAUUGACAUCUGAUUCAGCCAUUUAUGGCGUGUCUGCUCUGUCUGGGCACCAGCAGGUUCUCUGAAGUAAAUAUUAGAAUCAGGCAGGGCUGAAAAGAAAAAAAAAAAAAAAAAUUAGGGAAGAAGGGAAAAGGCUUUCUGAGUUAUCAAAAAUUCAUUAGAAAAGAUAUUUUGCAAAUAUAAUAACAGAGUGUCUGUCAGUAGUUUCAACUGAAAUUCUAGACUUCUAAAUUGUCCCCAGGCCACUUUGAUAUUUAAAAUUGUUUCAGAAGGGUGAAGGGUCUUUCUCAUAUCUAAUCAAUUCCAAUACAAUUUGUUUUUCAAAGAUUCAAUAAAGUAUUGAUUUUGCCAAAGCAGAUAAACAAAAGCCUGUUGUAGCUGCAUCUUCAGUUAUUGGUUGGAAAUGUGGUCAACUCAUUUUCACAUCGAUUUCCAAGGGUGGGAGUUAUCAGAAGAGAGACAUGUCUGUGUGAACAGUUAACAAAGCUGGGUGCUAAUUUCAGUUUCAAAAGUAAACCCUGAGAUAAUUCAUGCCUAGUGUUCCAUUCUGAGCAAUUCACACCACAGUGGUCUAAGAGGGCAGGAUGCUUGUUUCCUAAGGCAACAUUUUCUACACUGCUCUGCAGAGUUCUAGGAAAUUAAUAUGUCCGUAAUAAAUAAUGGUUUUGUGGACAAAUGAAAUUGGGAAACAUUGUAUAUGGGAUUUCCCAAACAGGACCAGCCUGAUCUGGCCUAAAAAUAUGUUGUGUUCAAUCUAUGGUGCUUUCUUCAUCUUUAAUAAAAAACAGU